AUGGAGCUGACUGUAGACGGCGAUGCAGGGGGGCUGACGCUUCAAGAGCUGAGCCCAAGCUGCAACAUCCGCGAUGUGCAAGAGGAGCUUCAGCGGCGAUGCGGGGUUCCUGUUAAACAGCAACUCCUCACUUUCAGUGGCGCUGCCUUGGGGCCUUCCCAGACCCUGGGAGAGUUGGAUGGCUCCCCGCUGCAUCUCACCAGCUUCGCGCAGCUGGUGAAGCUUUCCCCCCUACGUCUUCCGGCCACGGAGCAGCGAGGCAUUCAGCUGAACCAACUGGAGGCAUUGAUUCGAUUUUUGGCGGAGAGGUCCUGUCCGUCUGGCCUGGUUCCCUGGCACGACCGCUGGGGCUCGAGGAUUUUCCUGAAGGACUUGAACCUUUACCACCUCGCUGACUGGGUGAUCUGCCCAUCCACUGCAGAGGACAAGUGCAGCUACGUGGAGCUCAUCGCGUCUGACGCCGAGGCGCAGAAGCCCCACUGGUUUGUGUCCCAUGCCUGGCAAGAGCCUGUGCAAGACUUCCUGACCUGCUUGCGUGGCCACGCCACAGUCCGACAGCUGGAAGAAGAGGUUGCCUACUGGGUUUGUGCCUAUGCCAACAACCAGCACGAGCUGGGAAACGACCUCCGUUUUAACCCCCGGGAGACCUCCUUCUUCCGUGCAAUGCAACUCUGCGGCGGCGUCCUGCUGGUGCUGGACCCGCUUGCCACGCCCUUCGACCGCGUUUGGUGCUGCUUUGAGCUUGCCAUGGCCCUGACGGACCUGGUGGCGCCCCAGGGUCGAUUCUUGCUGGACAUUGCCACGGUUAGUCAGGGCGCCGCUGAGCUCCUGACGGAUGGGAUGGUGCCGAGUGAGCUGAAGAACGAGCACUGCGUUUGCGCCGGGGCUGGUGGCAAGGCAAAAGCCAAGCGAGAAGAGACCUUCCCCAUUGAGCUAAUCCAGCGAGCACUGGAGAUCGACAUCGUCGCUGCUAGUGCCUCCAGGGAGGUGGACAAGCUCCGCAUCCUCAACAGCAUUGGUGGCCUUCCGGAGGAGGAGCUCGACACGAAUCUUCCAGAGCCACUGCCGGAGGAGCGGAAGGAGAGCUAUCAAAGAGUGAACCGGUCGCUGCGCUCCAUCUUCGCACUGGCGAGCGUGAGCCAGGUAGUGUCCAAAGACCUCAAGCGGCUGAUGCCGGCCAUCUGUCAGGCAUUGCAAGAGGACUCCUCGCGGAGAAGUGUCCACCUUUCAUUUGCCAACAGCCUCAUGUUCAAGGACCCGGACUUGCUAUGCAUCGCCCGAGCGUUGCCACCGAAUUUGACCGACCUCCUGCGAUUGGAUCUUCGAUCCUGCCACGGCCUCAGCGACGCCUCGGUGUUGGAGCUGGCCGGUGCCAUUCGGCGCCUGGGGGAGCUCCGGGCUCUCUUCCUGGACUUCUACAUGUGCGUUCGUUUGACCGACGCCUCCAUCCAUGAGAUCUUCACCGCCAUGCAAGGCCUGGAGGAGAUGCGCGAGCUGGACAUCAACCUCCGCGGCCUCCUCAAGGUGAGCUGCAGUGUCCUCGCUCCGCUGACCGCAGCCCUGAGAACGAUGCCGUCACUGCGGAAGCUUCAUCUGAACUUGGCGCAGACUCGCCAAUCUGCCAAAGCUGCCGAACAGCUGACCCAGACGCUGGAGCAGCUGGCGCAGCUGCAGAUCCUCAAGCUCUACUUCACCGACUGUCCCUUGGUGGACGAUGCGGCUGCAAGCUCGCUGGGGAAGAGCCUUUCUGGGAUGGCCCUACACGAAUCCAUUCUCUGCUUUUCUGGUACAGCCAUCACAGACGCAGGAAUGGCCGGGCUUUGCCAGGGCCUUCGCUGCCUUGCAGAGAUGCAACGCACGACGUUGCGCUUUCGCGGCUGCCACCGACUCACCGUGGCCUCGCUGCAGGAGCUGGGCGAGGCAAUGUCGGUUCUGCCACUGCUGCAGAAGCUGGUGGUAGAGACUGGCAAGUGCCGGCAGCUCCCAAGAAGCCACGCGCGGCGUUUUGCCGGUCCGUGCGAGCAGGUGCUCGCGAGCCCGGCCUUUCAAAGAGGAGUUCCUGACGUACCAGACCAGAUCUCAGAUCCAAGCUGCUCACCGAGCAGCUGUGCUUCGCAGCCCUUGGACCCAAAGGCGGAGGCUGUGGUGCGGCUCUUCCAAGAAACCGGAGCCCUUGAACCCGAAGACCUCUAUGCGGUGCUCAGAGCACUGGAACCAACACUGUCGCAGGAGAGCUACGAGCAGCUUGAGAAGGCGGCGGAGUCCAAGGAUGCGGAGCAAAUCCUACGCUGGCUGCUGGAUGUGCAAGCUUAA